AUUCAAAAUUAAAACGAACCCGUGGAAUGCAGAAUGAAAGCAUAUCAUCAGUAUCCCAAGAAAUACAACGGUAUUCCAUUCAAUGCAAGGGAAAACAUUAAACUAUACAAGCAUAACACUCUCUCCAUCUUCCCCAGCUUUGAGAAAAUGCAGAUCUAAGGUAGUCCGACGAUAGACGACAAACUCGCAUCCAUCUUAUCAUAAAGGAUGCAAGAUGUCAGUGUACCUACAUGACAUGCAUUCUAUAAAACGGGAAGCCAAAAGAACACUCUUUCAAGAAAAAUAGCUCUUUCUAUAUUUGUAUUCUACCCUUAGGAUGCCGAUGCUAAUCAUCAUCUUAAUUCUGUAACACCAUCCAAUGUGUAUUCUCACCAUCAUAGUAGACUUCCAUGUCUAACAUUGGCAGUCAGCCUUCUCGUCAUGCUCGAUGGAGACAUUCAUCCAGUUUAGGGAUUAAAUCAAGCAAAAAUUAUAUACGAGCUCAAGAUGAAAGAUCUUCAAAUGAAACACUUUUAGCAUCAAUACCUUCUCUUCACAAAUCUACCAAUUCCUUCUCUCAAUCGGCAAAAUAUCAAGGAAUUGCAUCAAUCACUGCACAUCACCUCUACAUAGAUACAGAUGAUGAUUUGACAUUCAAAGGAUAUAAAGAACCUCACUUCACCAUAUUUUCAGGUAGAGGUUUUCUGAACUUCUUUGUGUUUGCUACUUUGAUUCUUUCGCUUUUAACCCUCUUUGCUGGAUAUCCCAUCUUGGAAUACUUUCGUCGUAAAUCAGCACCAACAACCGGCUCUUAUGGUUUAGGAGGAACGAAUGGAACGGGUCAGGUACCACUUAUACAUCCUCAAUUACUAUUAAUCGAUUCCGACACGCCUUCCUCUUCUCAUUCUUGGACAAGUGCAACUGGAGAUCAGUAUCAUUUAGUCUUUUCGGAUGAAUUCAAUGUUGAUGGUCGCACUUUUUGGCCAGGCGACGAUCCUUUUUGGACAGCUGUUGAUUUAUGGUAUGGAGCAACAGGCGAUCUUGAAUGGUAUACACCAGAACAAAUAAACACAACCGGUGGAGCCUUACACAUCACCCUGGAUAAUAAACCAAUGAACGACCUUAAUUUCCGAUCCGGUAUGCUUCAAUCCUGGAAUAAAUUUUGCUUUUCAGGAGGAUACAUCGAAUUUAAUGCGCUUUUACCUGGGUCUCCGGAAGAAGUGGGCUAUUGGCCAGGUCUUUGGAUGCAGGGUAAUCUGGGUAGACCUGGAUUUUUAGCAACAACGGAUGGCAUGUGGCCUUACUCGUAUAACUCUUGCGAUUCGGGCAUUUUACCUAAUCAAACUUCUCCCACUUCACCAUUUUAUGAGGAAGAAUCUACCUUUCGUAAUAAUGGCAAAAGAGGAUUAAGUUGGAACCCGGGCAUGCGUACACCUUCCUGUACUUGCGCAGGCGAAGAUCAUCCAGGUCCAAACACAAAUGUAGGAAGAGGCGUUCCCGAACUGGAUGUUCUAGAAGCGCAAAUUAAUACGGCCGAAGGAGUUGGCGAAGCUUCGCAAUCUCUACAAACUGGACCAUUCUCAAACAAACACAGGUGGAAUCAAAGUGCUGCUACUUUUGGAAAUGAUGAUUUAACAAUAUUUAACUCUUUCCGCGGAAAUGUCUAUCAAGAGAGUGUUUCUGCCGUUACGCAAAUUCCAACAAAAGCAUUUCAGAAGACGUCUAAAACAUUCACCACUUUCGGGUGUGAAUUUGAGCCGGAUUAUACUGGUUCAGGAAAGGGUAAAGUGACCUGGUAUAUAGAUGGGAAAGUUUCUUGGACAGUCACUGAAGCUGCUAUUCCAGCCCAAAAAGAAAUCGACAUUGGACAAAGGCUCGUACCGGUAGAACCAAUGACGAUCAUUAUGAAUUUGGGAAUCUCAGAAGGCUUUCAAAGUAUUAAAUUUGACUCCCUUGAUUUUCCCGCCGUAUUUUCGGUCGAUUAUGUGCGGGUAUAUCAGCCAAAUACAUACACCCAAGAUCAAGUUUCGUGUAAUCCGCAGAAUUAUCCGACAUCAGAUUAUAUAACGAGACAUAUGGAUGUUUAUUCAAAUCCACAGUUAUUGCUUUGGCCAGAACCGUUUCCCAAAAACCAGCUCAAAGACGGUUGUUGA